AUGGGGAUAGUCGGUUUACAAAUCACUCAUGCAGAAAUUCAAAAUGAAUUCAAUCGUAUCACCAACACAUGUAGUACAGAUGGAUGUCAGAUCUGUGGCAGCCCUGGAUUUGAUUGCUACAUUAUCAAUCAGGCAGGAAUGGUGUUAGUGUCAAAUGUAGGAGAGAAGGAAGUGGGACAGAGUUUAAAAGAAAUCAAUUGCGCUCUUGUAGAAGAUUUGGUAAAUCGUUCUAUAUUGAAUCAAACUUACUUGUAUGACUUUCAAGGAAUUUGCAUAGAGACUGUACAAGAAACUUAUAAUUUUGGAAACCGUUUAUACCCACCAUUCCAGAUGAUAAUGAAACUGAUGAUGUGGUUUAUCAACGAAAUUGUUUUAUGCAUGCUCGGUUUUGUAGAUGACCUUUUAUCGUAUAAAGUGACAAUAGGUCAAAAAUGGGGUUUAUAUGCUGAACCACAUAAAUCAGUAGAUACUGAGACGAUUUCAUUUUAUGAAAAUGCUAGGCAUAUCAUCAUUAAUAAUGAAGAUAAUAUACCACGUGAAGAUUUCCUAAUUCAUCAAAAUCCAAUUUAUCAUGGUAUAGAUGAGAAUGCUAAUAUGAAUAAUAAUUUUCAAGAUUUAUCAUCUGAUGAACAUUUUCAGUCAUUGAAUACAUUGAAUCAAAGAUCAUAUUCAAAUGAUAAAGUAAUAACACCUAUGAGAAAUAAUACUUUGAUAGAAAAUCAAUCAAUAAUUGAUUCAGUGUCAAAGUUGACAAUAACUGAAUCAAUAGAAUUAAGAGAAGAACCAAUCGAUGAAAUUUAUGGACGAUUUGAUCAUCAAGAUCCUUAUGAUGCUCAAUUGAAAGCAUUGACAGCUAUAGAAACAUGUCGUAAAGAACAGAGUGCACAAAUUCAAUCGAUAUUGGAUUCACAAUCAGAGACUGUUAAUAUUUAUAAUCAUAGUAAUAUGGAUGAAGUUUUAAAUGAAACAGAAUCAUUGAUAACAGGAACUACUAUAUCGAAUUCAAUUCAUUUAGGCUCAGGAAUAUUAGGUAAAGGAGGUAAACUUAUACCAGGCAGUUUAUUAGCCUGUGUUCAUCGAUCUGUACAACAACGUUGUCAUUCCGGUGCAGGUACAAGCAGUUUCACUGGACGUUAUGCAUGUGAAGCAAUCUGUGAAAUUGUGAGAGAACGUAUGCCACAGUUAGCUAAUCGUUUAGAAGACUGUAAACAACCGUUGAUAUCAUGUACAGAAAGAUUUAUUGCCUUCAAUGUUAUGAUAGGUAAACAUUUAAAACAGUCAACUGCUAUACAUAAGCAAACAAUAUACAAUACACAAACAUCUACAAAUGGAAUGCUUUAUGAAACACAAUUCACAGGAGAAUAUUGCAAUGAAUGUGGAGGACGGUAA